AGCGACUCGAAACUCAUCCCUUCUCCUCUCAAUCUCAGUCGCAAGCUCUCAUCAACAAUGGCGGCCUCUUUCUCCAUUUCAAGACUCUCCCUCUCAAUAUCCUCUUCUUCCGCCCUCUCUUCCUUUCCCUUCAAAUCCCACCGCUGCAUCUCCCCAAAACCCCUCCGAUUCUCCUCUUCUGCCACCCCCAAAUCCACUAUCUCCGCCUCCAUUUCCGUCGGCGACAAGAUUCCCGACUCCACAUUUUCCUACUUUGACCCUGCCGACGAACUCCAAACCACCACCGUCUCCGACCUCACCAAGGGCAAGAAGGCCGUAUUCUUCGCCGUUCCCGGCGCUUUCACCCCGACUUGCUCUCAGAAACACCUUCCAGGUUUCGUCGAGAAAUCGGCCGAGCUUAAGGCCAAAGGAAUCGACACUAUCGCCUGUAUUUCGGUGAAUGACGCUUUUGUGAUGAAGGCGUGGAAGGAGAACCUCAAUGUUGAGGACGAGGUUCUGUUGUUGUCCGAUGGGAAUGGGGAUUUCACUAGGGCUAUUGGUUGCGAGCUUGAUUUGAGCGACAAGCCCGUGGGAUUGGGCAUGAGGUCGAGGCGUUACGCGCUUCUGGCUGAGGAUGGAAUCGUGAAGGUCUUGAAUUUGGAGGAAGGAGGUUCGUUUACCUUCAGUAGUGCUGAGGAAAUUCUCAAAGUUCUUUGAAUUAGAGAUUGUUUUUUUCCUUCUGCUUAUUUGCUGCUCCAAUUACAGGGUAGCAUUUUCAAUUUUGGAAAAUAAAUGAGAUCAAAUGAGUCUGUUAGAAUAAGUUUCUGAGUUCGUUUAUCUUCGUGAUUCUGGAUUUUCAUUGGUUUCUGUUCUUUGUGAUUUGGGUUUUAUGCUUCAAUGUUUUAUAAUGAGAAAGAAUGAUUAAUUUGGGUCA